AUGUCUAAAACCUAUAGCGAUUUGAUAUUCGAUACAGAAUCGACACGAAAUAUUGAUGAAGCCAACUCUAGAAUAAACAUUGGUUGGAUCACAAGUCGAUUUGAUGUUGCAGAACAUCUUGAUCGAAAAGUUGUUGAAUUCUCGUCAAAACUUGGCGCAGAACAAUACAAUUUUAUAGUUUACCCAGUUGGCGGAAUAAUUCGAGGGUUCUGGGAUCCCAGAAGGUUCCCCGAAGCUCCGCCGAACAUUGAUCUACCCGAUUUGCAAUUGGCCAAUCAUUUAUGGGAAACUUAUGUUUGUGCGGGGGUAAGAACUUCAUGGAAGUCUGUAAAAACCUUCGAAAAAAUUGCAGAUUUCUGAAUGGAUCGAUUGCGACUCGGAAAAUCCCGAUUUUGCCAAAUUUUCCGAACAAGAACUCAUUAAGGAACUGAAUUAUGCGUGUUAUUUAGGCCUUCGAACUGUGGUUUUGAAUUUGACUCGGAAAAGUUCGCCUAACUUGGCGAAGAUUAUCAAAAAAUGGCUCUGGACCAAAAAUGUGCUCUUUACGUAGGUUUUUUGCUCUCUGGGGCCCAAAUUCUGAAAAAUUAUUGAUUUUUUUGCAGGAUUUGGGUUAGUUUACCCACAAAUCUUCCGAAAAAUGAGGAUCUAUGGAGUGUUUGGGCGGAUUUCCGAAAGGAUUGUGCAAAUUUUAAUGGUGUUCGAUUACAAGCGAUUUUGAAUAUCACCGCGGAUUUGCAAGAUGAAUUUUUGGAGCUGAAAUUGGUGGAGAGAUGGAAAGCUGAACCGGUGAGCGGUUUUGGGGAGCGGGAAAUUGGGAAAUUUGAAUUUUUGAGCUGAAAAUUGGGGGAAAUUUGAGUGGAAACUCAGAUUUUCUGAUGAUUUGAGUAGAAAACCAGCAAAUCAAUGGUUUUCUACGAAAAAUUUGGGUUUUGGAAUAGAAAACACGAUUUUUGGAGCAUUUUGAGCCAAAAUUUGAGAUUUUCAAGUAAAAAUAAUCGGUUUUAAGAAAAAAAUAGCGAAAAUUGUAGUUUUCUGACAUUUUCUUUGCGCAAAUUGCCAAAAGUUGAGCUCAUAGAUGCAAAUUUAUCGAUUUUUCCUUAAUUAUGAAAAAAAAAAUCGAUAAAAUUUGGAAAAUGAGAUUCUGAAAGCGAAAUUUGGUCAGUAAUUUGGGUUUUGGAAUAGAAAACGCGAUUUUUGGAACAUUUUGAGCCAGAAUUUGUGAUUUUUAAGCAAAAAUGAUCGGAUUCGAGAGAAAAUCAGCGAAAACUAUAGUUUUCUGACUUUUUUUUUUGGAUUUUUUGUCAAAAUUUCAAACUUUCAGGUAAACCGCAAGCUUCCGCGUCAGCGGCAUCAUCUUCCGCUUCAGCGGCCACGCGGAUACUCAGGUUAUAGUGAACCGCGUGGCCGCUAAAGCGGAAGCUUGUGGAAUCCGCUGAAAAUCAAUGAAAAUUAGACUUUUUGAGAAAGAAAAUGUAGUUUGCCUUGUUUAUAGUCGAAAUAUGGCCAAUUUCUGAUAAAUUCACAGUUUUGUUAAAAUAUUGCUCAAUCUACCAAAAAUCAAUAAGUUUCUCUUCCCAGGUUGGUGCAAUUUGUGUGCAUUCCGAUGUUUUCACCACCGGCAAAGAUGGUCAAGCUGUUCUCCCCCAACUCUAUCAAAAACUCCUACAGAAUCUUUGGAUGUUUGACUCGAUGCGACUCCUACUUAAACAAAUCAAUGAUGGAACUAAAUAUCGACAGAAUUUGCGCAGAGAAUAUGCGACAUCUUUGAGGUUUACAGUACGAAAUGUGACGUGGAUGCGACAAAAAAUGGCGAAAGAAACGGAUGGCUUCUUGGCGACAUCGAAUUUGGAUUAUCACGAUGUUUUGCAGGCGCCUCUGCAGCCGCUGUCGGAUAAUUUGGACUCCGGGGUUUAUAAUACUUUUGAGCAGGAUCCGGUGAAGUAUCAGAGAUAUCGAGAUGCUGUGCAAUUGGCGUUUAUGGGUGAGGGUUUUGCGGGGGGAAAAUUUUUUAUCUGGAAUUCCAGUGGAUUUAAACUCAAAAAAAAUUAGGUGAUAAUUUAUUUCAUAUACGGGCAAUUCACAAAUCAAAUAAAAUUAGUAAUUUUUAUUUUGACGAAUUUUUGAAACAUUAAGAUUUUUGCCACUCGAAAAUCAAAAAUGUCAAGAUUUUUUUGUUAUGAAAAUUUUCACUGUUUCAAAUAUUUUUGAAAAGUUCGAGCUACACUAGUUUAACCAAUGCAUUUUGAUUCCAACAAAAUUUUAUUCUGAAAAGUGUUUGAAACAGUAACAUUUUUUCUACACGGAAAUCACUUUUUUCAAUUUUUUCAUAGUGAAAAAAAAUCACUGUUUCAAGUAUUUUUGAAAAUUUUAAGUUAAUUUUUUGAAUAAUUUAUUUGAAAUUCUUCCAUCUUAUUUAGACGUUCUUAAAAAUGUUUGAAACAAUAAUGGGGUGAGUCAUAAAAAUAAAUUGACAAAAAAUGUGCGAUUAAUUUCACAUUUUUUGUCAAUUUAUUUUUAUGACUCACCCCAACUAAAAAUCCUAGUUUUUAUGACUAUUUUUAGUAAAAUAAAAUUCACUGUUUCAAGUAUUUUUGAAAGUUUUGAGAGAGGCGUUUUUGUCAAUUCAUCAAUUAUUUUCCCGACUAAAUUUUUAGCUAACAAAUUUUUGAAACAGUAAUUUUUUUCCACUCGAAAAUCAAAAAAUGUCAAGAUUUUUUUGUUAUGAAAAUUUUCACUGUUUCAAAUAUUUUUGAAAGGUUUGAGCUACACUAGUUUAACCAAUGCAUUUUGAUUCCAACAAAAUUUUAUUCUGAAAAGUGUUUGAAACAGUAACAUUUUUUCUACACGGAAAUCACUUUUUUCAAUUUUUUUCAUAGUGAAAAAAAAUCACUGUUUCAAAUAAUUUAGAAAAGUUUUAAGCUAAUUUUUUUGAAUAAUUGAUGCCUAUUGUUUGAAACAGUAAUAUUUUCCAACUGGAAAUCCUACUUUUUCAAUUUUUUUCAUGUUAAAAAGUUCACUGUUUCAAAUGUUGUAGAAAAUUUUUGAGCAAUAUCUCUAAUAGCUUCUGACUCCUUGCUAGAAAUUUUUAGCUACCAAAUUUUUGAAACAGUAACUUUUUUCCACUCGAAAAUCAAAAAUUUCAAUUUUUUUUGUUAUGGGGUGAUUCAUAAAAAUGAAUUGACAAAAAAAGUGCGAUUAAUUUCACGUUUUUUGUCAAUUAAUCGCAUUUUUUCAGAAAUGAAUGCGAUUAAUUGACAAAAAAAUUAAUAAUUAAUCGCACUUUUUUGUCAAUUUAUUUUUAUGAAUCACCCCAUUAUGAAAAUUUUCACUGUUUCAAAUAUUUUUUGAAAGUUUUAAGCUAAUUUUUUGAAAAAUUGAUUCGAGCUAAUUUUGAAGUUCAAAAAAAUUGUUUGAAAAAGUAACAUUUUCUCCACCUGGACAUCACUAUUUUCAAAUGUUUUUCAAAGUGAAAAAAAUUCACUGUUUCAAAUAUUGUAGAAAGUUGAUGAACGCAAUGAUUAUUUUGAUUCGUACAAAUUUUUAUUCAGAAAAUCCUUGCUUUCAAAAAGAAAUAAAUUAUUGAUUUUUAUUUUGACAAUUUUUUGAAACAGUAAUAUUUUUUCCACUCGAAAUCAAAAAUUUCAAAACGAUUUGUGUUAAAAAAAUUCACUGUUUCAAAUAAUUUACAAAAGUUUUGAGUUAAAUUUGUUUAAUACUUAUGUUUUGGUUUAAUCCCAUAUUCUAAAAAAAUAUUUGAAACAGUAAUAUUUUCCACUCGAAAAUCAAAAUUUUCAAUUUUUUUCGAUAAAAAUUUUCACUGUUUCAAAUAUUUUAGAAAGUGUUGAACUAAACUUUUUUCAACAAUCAAUUUGUCAUAUCCAAUAUUGAAAUUUUUACUGUUUCAAAUAUCUCACAUAUUUUUGAGCAACACCCCUAAUUCUAAUUUUUCUAAUUUUCCAGACAUUGCCAAAGACAAGGAAAGUGUUGUUGUAUAUCUUUUGGGAGCUGGAAGAGGUCCAAUUGGAACAAUGAUUCUCGAAGCUGAAAAACGAUACAAUUCCGAGUGUCGCGACAAAAACAACAAACUAAAAAUCAAAUUUUAUGUUGUCGAAAAAAACCCGAAUGCAAUUGUCACUCUUCGAUUUAUGAAUGAAAAUGCGUGGAGAAAACGAGCGAUUUUGGUGGAAUCUGAUAUGAGAAGUUUACCCAGUUUAGCCAAGGAAAACAAUUAUGAGCAACCGGAUUUGAUAGUUUCGGAAUUGUUGGGAUCUUUUGGUGACAAUGAGCUGAGUCCUGAAUGUUUGGAUGGAGUUACGGAUUUUUUGAAGCCGACAACGAUUUCGAUCCCACAAAAAUAUACAAGUUAUGCGGCGCCGAUUAUGUCGUUGAAUAUGCAUCAGACUAUAAAAUCUGCAAUUCCAAGCUUCUGGGGGAAGGGUUUGGUUGGACAUGGCAGAAAUGAGCCGGAAUUGGAGGAGGAUGAUGAGAAUGAGGGCGAAUAUGUUCAGAAAUAUCCGUUAGUUUGAUUUUUUGGGUCAAAUUUGAGUUUAAGGACUUCAAAACGAGCUUCGGGACCAGAAUUUUCUGAAAAUUCUAGAUUUUUUGGUCCUGGAUCUCAAAUUCCAGGUUUUGGACCUAAAACCGAGCUUCGGGACCACAUUUUCUGAAAAUUCAAGAUUUUUUGGUCCCGGAUUUCAAAUUCCAGGUUUUUGACCUCAAACCGAGACUUCGGGACCAGAAUUUUCUGAAAAUUCAAGAUUUUUUGGUCCCGGAUUUCAAAUUCCAGGUUUUUGACCUCAAAUUAAGACUCUAGACCAGAAUUUUCUGAACAUUCAAGAUUUUUUUGGUCCUGGAUGUCAAAUUCCAGGUUUUUGACCUCAAAUAAAGCUUCGGGACCAGAAUUUUCUGAAAAUUGCAGAUUUUCUGGUCCGAACCUCAAUUUCUAGAUUUUGGACCUCAAAUCAGGCAGCUAGACCAGAAUUAUUUGAAAUUUUAUAAUUGUUUAGCAUUGGACUUGAAAAUCAAGGUUUUUGACCUCAAACCGAGCUUCGGGACCAGAGUUUUCUGAAAAUUUUGGAUUUUCUGGUCCUGCAUCUUUAAUUUCAUGUUUCUGACUUAAAAUUUGAAGCCUAGACUCGAAUUUUCCUGAAAAUUUGGGCUUUUCUGGACCUGGAUCUCAAAUUCCAGGUUUUGGACCUCAAAUCAAGCCACAGGGCCUAAAUUUCAUGAUUUUCUGGUCCUGAACCUCAAUUUCUAGGUUUUGGGCCUGAAAGUAAGCCUCUAGGCCAGAAUAAUCUGAAAUUCCAUAUUUUUCAGACAAGGAAUGGCAAUUUCGCGACUUGAUCAAAUUUAUGUGGUAUAUCUGAGACAAUUUUGCGCCCUAGCUGAAAAUAAACCCGUUUUCACAUUUGAACAUCCGAAUUUUGCCAAAACUUCGAAUGAUCGGGAAAUUGUGCUGGAUUUUGAUAUUGAUCGAGCUGCGGAUGUGAGUUUUUUGAGGGUUUUUCAGGAAAAAUAUGCAUAAAAGCUGGAAAAUUCCAGAUUUUCUGGCCAAAAAUCGAUUUUUCUGAAUUUUUAGACUAUUUUUUUGAAAAAUUUGUAGAAAAAUGACCAAAUUUGAGAUUUCUGGAUUUAUUCAGAGUUAGUUAUGACGUGGCAAAAUUUUGGAAUUUUUCCCAGAAAUUUCAGAGAAUUUUGCCACGUCUUAACUCAUUUCUCAGAUUUUUAGGCCAUGUUCAGGCCUUUCAGGCCAGAUUAGGCUUCAUUUUCUAUAUUUUUAGGCUUGUCAGGUCGAAUUACACCUAAGAACUUUGAAAUUUCAAAUUUUCGACAUUUGCCACGUCAUAGCUCAUAUUUGGCUGGUUUCUAGUGGGGUUUCUGAAGUUUUAGGUCUUUUCAGACUUUUCAGGAAUUUUUGAAAUUUUCGGUAAAAAUUGACCUAAAAUUGAUAUUUCUAUGGAAUUUCAGUGUUUUUGGCUCAAACAUAUAUGUAAACCCUCUCAUAAUUAUGAGAGGGGGGUCAUGACAAUUCAGGUCUUUUUCCGAGGGGGAGGUCAUGACAUUUUGAAAAAAAAUAAUUCAAAAGAGAUCCAUGAAACAAGAUUUGAAAAAAUUUUGUUUCUUGAAUCUCUAAAAAAUUUUCAAUUUUUUCAAAAAAUUAAAAAAAAAAGGUGUGCUAGCACUCGGAAUCGAACCUGUCCCCUACUGCGCGAUGCAAGCGCCUUGUACCACUCGCACAUUUGAACCGUUGGAAACGCAUUGUGUUUUCCAGAGACAUUCUGGAUGGAAACGAUGUUUUGAGGAGGGGGUCAUUCUGGGGUCAAAUUUUUAACACACAAAAAAAUCAGAUUUUUCAGAAAUUUUUAAUUUUUUUUGAGUUUUCGGUGGUCUACCAAAAACUUCAAUAAAAUUAACUUUUCUUCAAAAAUCCUAUUUUUUGUGUUAGAAAAAUUUAACUUGCGAAUGAUCUUCACAUCAAGAAUUAGUAUACAUUCAGAACGUCAUUCGAAAACAUCAAUAUGUUCUCAUUGGUCCAAAUCAUCGAGUGAUACAAGGCGAUUAACGGUUAUUUCUAAAAAAAAUGUAGCGAAUGAGAUUUUUGGCUGGAAAUUUUUGAAAAUUUACACACGUGGAUUUUUUUGAAAUUUUUAAGGGGGGUCAUGACAAAUGAAAAUUUCUAAGAGGGGAGGUCAGGACAUUUAGGGUGCUAUGAGCGGAGAUGCCAUGUAUGGGCUCAAAAUUUUUAAAUUUUGGGAAAAAAAUGUUCACGUGGAUUUUUUGGUGCCAAAUUUUGAAUUUAAUAUUUUCAAAAUUUCGCGCCAAAAAAUUAAAUUUUGAAAUUUCUAGAAACAAAUAUUCCACGUGGAUUUUUUGAAGCUAAAAAAUUAUUUUUUGAAAUUUUUUUUUUAAUUCCCAAUUUUUUUUCCAGAUUAUGGGAUUUGCUGGAUAUUUCGACAUGAUUCUCUACAAAAAUGUGAUGUUAUCAAUAGAACCCAAAACCUUCUCAAAUGGCAUGAUCAGUUGGUUUCCGGCUGUUAUUCCGCUUCGAAAAUUGUAUCGAGUAGCGGAAGGAGAUCGGGUAAGUCUUGGGCCAUUUUGGGCUUCAAAUGAGCCCAAAAAGCCCAAAAAGCCCAAAAAGCCCAUGUUUUUCCAGAUAAAAUUUGUGAUUUCUCGAAAAUCUGACGCUGAUGGUGUUUGGUAUGAAUGGAAUUUGGAAAUUCACCGAAAAAAUGGCGAGAUUUUCAAAUCCCCACUUCAAAAUCAAAAUGGAGAAAGUUAUUAUAUGAGAAAAUGA